AUGGCUUCGCAAGACGGUUCUCUGUUGGACACGCUGAGGUCCGUAAGCCAAGUUGACUGUGACACCCUCGACGUUGAUGGUACCGUGCUCUCCUUCCGCGUCAGGCCCCCGUUUCCUUGGGUGCCCGUCCCAGCCCAAUCUGACAUUGCCAUAAUUAGUCGCCGCAGAGCUCGGCCCUUCAACGACCACACGUCCAACCAAGCCAUUGCCUACAACGAGCUCACCAAGACCACCCCUGAUGGCAAGCUGUACCACGAGCAACUUAUCCGAGACUCGGUGAAGGACGCCAAUGGCUGGGCUCGUGCAGCCUGGCCAGACGUAGAUCCCAUUCUCCUAGCAGUCGACAUCAUGAUGGUCAGGCUGUCACUUCAAUUCAUUCCCUAUCUGACGGGAUACUUCCACAUCCAGACCAACACCAAGUGGUCGUACUCGGUUGAAAAGACGUGCCAAAACGCAGAGAGAAUUGUCAAAACGUUCAAGAAGCUGGAACCCAACUUCGACACCGGAAGAAUCUGCAUCAAGAUCCCUGCGAGCUGGGAGGGAAUUGCUGCCUGCCGCAUCCUCGAGAAGAAGGGCAUCCACACACUUGCAACCACCAUGUUCUGUAUGGAACAGGCUGCAUUGGCUGCUGACGCCGGGUGCACCUACAUUGCUCCCUACGUCAACGAGCUCAAGGUUCACUUUGUUCCCGGCUACGUCGACGAGCACAAGGCAUUCGACUUCUGCAGGCAGGCGCAACUUCACUAUGCCGAGACCAAGGCCAAGACGCAAGUCCUUGCUGCCAGUCUGACGUCUGUCGCUGAGGUGAUGCAGCUGGCCGGUAUUCAGCACGUUACCGUGUCGCCGCCUCUUCUCCGGGGCCUUGCUGCGCAGCCGGCAUCGACUUGGACGGAGCAAGUGGGUGCAUACUUUUCGGCCGGGCCGGACAAGCCUUGGAAUCAGGACUUUAAGGCGGCUUUGAAGGAUGAGAGUGAGUGGCGCAUUGCCUUCACUCGAAGCGGCGAUGGAAAGUAUGAGGAGAAGCUCAUCCAAGCAAUCAACAUCUUCUCAGACAAGCAGGAUGCCCUUGAGGACCUCGCGCGUCGCUUCUUGUAG